AUGGCAUCCCCAGUGCAUUACCACUACUGCGGACACAACAGACAACAGACAUCCCCUUCAGUCUUCUGGGAUUGGGACCGUUCUGAUGGCGAUACACGUGGAGCGCGAUUCUCCUUCAUCAAUAGGAACGAAGGGGUUACAAGGGGCUUCCGCAAUAGUCUGCACGUCAAACCAACUGACAGCGGGAAGAAGCCGAAUUUUGAGGCCUUCAGCGGCUUCCAUACAAGUGUGGAAGAGGAAGAGCCUGGUACGGAAAUUUUCUCUACCAAAUGGGGACCCCUAGUUUUUGAUUUUGAAACACAUUUACGAGCUAAACCCAGGAGAUGGCAUUGGACAUGUCGGUUACAGCUAUCAAGCACACAACUAUAG